GGUGGCGGCGGCUGCGCGCUGCGGUUCUGCGCUCUCAUCAUGGCGGCGCGGAGCCAUGUGCAGGACCCCAACGACCGGCGCCUCCGGCCCAUCUACGAUUACCUUGAUAAUGGCAAUAAUAAAAUGGCAAUCCAGCAGGCAGACAAGCUGCUGAAAAAACACAAAGAUCUUCACUGUGCUAAGGUUUUGAAAGCCAUUGGCCUGCAGAGAACUGGGAAACAAGAUGAAGCAUUCGCCUUGGCUCAAGAAGUAGCAGCCCUUGAACCCACGGAUGACAAUUCAUUACAAGCUCUCACUAUCCUUUACCGGGAAAUGCAUAGACCGGAGCUGGUCAUGAAACUCUAUGAGGCAGCUGUGAAGAAAGUCCCCAACAGCGAAGAGUAUCACUCCCAUCUCUUCAUGGCCUAUGCAAGGGUUGGAGAAUACAAGAAGAUGCAACAGGCUGGAAUGGCACUUUAUAAGAUUGUACCAAAAAACCCUUAUUAUUUUUGGUCGGUGAUGAGCUUAAUAAUGCAGUCUAUAUCUGCACAGGAUGAAAACCUCUCAAAAACCAUGUUUUUACCACUAGCAGAAAGGAUGGUAGAAAAAAUGGUGAAGGAAGAUAAAAUUGAAGCUGAAGCUGAAGUUGAGCUGUAUUAUAUGAUUCUGGAACGUCUGGAGAAAUAUCAGGAAGCCCUGGAUGUUGUGAGAGGAAAACUAGGAGAGAAGCUGACAAGUGAGCUCCAGAGCAGAGAGAUCAAGUGCAUGGAGAUGUACAAAAAGCUGGGCAAGUGGCCAGAAUGCAAUGCGCUCUCAAGGAAGCUACUGCUAAAAAACUCGGAUGACUGGCAGUUCUAUAUAAUUUACUUUGACUCCAUCUUUCAACUGAUUGACACAGCCUGGGCGCCUCCAGCUGAAGGGGAGCACUCUCUGGAGGGCGAAGUGCAUCACAGCAUAGAGCAAGCCGUGACUUUCGUAGAGCAGAGGAUAUCAAAAGAGUCCAACAGCACCCGGCCGCUCCGGGGACCGUACCUCGCCCGGCUGGAGCUGAUCAGGCGCUUGCGGCACAGAGGGUGCAGCGAGGAACACAAAUUGGGCAGUCCAGAAGAGCUCAUGUUCGAGUACUUCAAACAAUUUGGGGAUAAACCCUGCUGUUUUACUGAUCUCAAGGUGUUUGUAGACCUCCUCCCAUCAACCCAGUAUACAAAGUUUAUCAACCGGUUGUUAGGAGUCAUCCCUCUGUCGGCACCAUCAGAAGGCAAACUCGCGCUUCCAGAUAACCUCAAGGCUUUGCAACAACAUUUGUGUGUUGUGCAGUUGACGAGGUUACUGGGCCUCUACCACGCGAUGGACAAAGCUCAGAAACUGGGAGCCGUCCGGGAUCUGAUGCUGCGGUAUCGGCACGGGCUGGAGUUCGGAAAAUCCUGUUUGAAAACAGAGUUGCAGUUUUCAGACUACUACUGUCUGCUUGCUGUUCAUUUGCUCCUUGACAUCUGGCUAGAGGCAGGUGAAGAGCCGGCUGCCUGGCAGUGCUUGACUUUGCUAGAAGAAGGGCUGAGCCACAGUCCCUCAAACGCUCAGUUCAAACUGCUGCUCAUCCGAAUCUACUGCAUGCUUGGGGCGUUCGAUCCAGUCGUGGAGCUCUACUCCAGCCUUGACGCAAAGCACGUCCAGCAUGACACCAUCGGUUAUUUGCUGACACGAUAUGCCGCUGCUCUCGGUAACUAUAUUGCUGCAUCGCAGUCCUGCAACUUUGCGCUCAGGUUUUUUCACUCCAACCAGAAAGAUACCUCAGAAUACAUUAUUCAAGCUUACAAAUAUGGUGCGUUUGAGAAGAUACCAGAAUUCAUUGCUUUCAGGAACAGGCUUAACUCCUCGCUUCACUUUGCACAAGUCCGCAUAGAGCGGAUGUUAUUGGACCUCUUACUUGAAGCAAACAUAUCAAUGAGUUUGGAAGAAAGUAUAAGGUCCAUGAGUCUAAGUCCAGAAGAGGAUGACAUUCCUUGGAAUGACCUGCGGGAUAACAGAGACCUAACUGUCUUAUUCAAUUGGGACCCAAAAGACAGGGGCAUUUCUGAAGAACACCGAAGACUCUCACUGGAGGAAGAGACCAUCUGGUUGCAGAUCCGGUCUUUGACUUUAAGGCUGGUAAGCGGGCUACCGGCUCUCGGCCACAACGCUCACCCAAAGAACUCUGAAAAGACCACCGAGAAUGGCGUUUCUUCCAAGAUUGACACAAUACGAGCUCUCCUGCAGCAGCUGGAUGGGGCAGUGAAGUCGGGGAAGCAGUUUCUGGAGCAGAAAAUUCAGUAUCCUGUCCUCGGUCCUCCUCCUUCCCGAAUGGCCAGCUUUUUCAGCAGUGGGAGCUGCCAGUGUCAGAACAACUUGUUUCACCUUGUUAGUGAAAUUUAUGAACUAGAUACCAACGGCUUAGAAGAUUCAACAGUAAUUCAAGAGAGAAUAGGGAACAGCUUUAAAUUGUUGCUUCAACAGCUAACAGAUCUGUUCAAUAAAUGCAAAGGUGAUUUAUUGGAAGUCAGGGAGGGCAGCUUCACAGUCCAUCCAAGCAUCUUAGAAAACCUUGUCUUCUUCCUUGAGACAAUCUCCAUUGUCCUGUGGGUGUGUAGUUACUCUGAUGCCGUCCUCCGGCCUUGCAGGUCAAACCUGCAGAAGAAGAAAAAGAAGAAAAAAGAAAGCAUUGCUUCCAUGCCCCCAGUAUUCUCCAGCUUCCAGGACUAUGUUUCUGGACUUCAGAUACUCACUUCCAAUGUGAUUGACCACAUCAAAGGGCUUGAAGUUACUCUAACUGCACUUAAACUUGAAGAGCUGUCCAUAGAAGACACUUUACUGUCACCGGAAGAAAAGAAGUUUACAAAGACUGCGCUAGUGAAGGUCCAGAACAGUUACCAGCAUUCGAUUCAAGAAAUUGGUGAACUGCUGAAAAAAAGACUUGAUAAUAUCAAAAACCUGAAGGUUUGAGGAAGCGCGUCUCAGGCACCAGAGGCCAGCCAGCGCCAGGCAAGAAUUGACAUCUGCUGCCAUACGUUAAAAUCUGGAACUUCCUCAUAAAUGCAUGAAGGACUUUGAUCGUAAAAUAGUUUUUUUAUGUAUUAAAAAGAUAUAUUCAAGCUGAUUAAAUUAUUGUACAUAAAACCAGAAGCAGGGACCCUCCUCAGUCAGGGUUUAGACCACUUUUUAUACAUGUUCAUAAGCCUGUUGUAACGAAACAAAAAC